AUGAGCACCAGUCACUACAGAGCAGAGCUCGUGAAGCUCAUGUCGUUAAAGGACGACAAGACCCGCAAGGUGCUGUGUGACCCCGUCACACCGUAUGACGUCUUGCAUAACUUCACCACGGAGGAGCUCCUCAGUAUCACAACCGUCCUCGUGUGUCGCUGGAUGAACGAGCGGGCGUACGGAGACCCAGAGACGAACGACGACAUGAGACCCAUACAUCACGAAUCGACGACAUGA